AUGAUAUCGAAAAUUUUCCGGGAAUAUUGGUCCUCCCUUCCUUAUAAUUUGCAACUAACGCUAAUAGAACUCCUUUCUAUAACGUCUGACGUGCCUGAAUCUGGUCGCUCAAAAACAGAAACAAUUAUAGGGCAAAUAAGUGAUACACAAGAAGUUUUACGUUCUACACUUGUAGAUAUUGCGAACAGAGAAGAAAAAUUAGAUGCUUUAAAGCUAAAGUCAGACAGUUUAAAAGAUGCUGGCUCUAAAUUCUCGGAGGUCACUACUAAAGUUCGUAGAGAUAUGUCGAAGAAAAAUACGGGAAUGACACUCCUUUUAACAAUUGUAGCACUUGUUAUAGUAGCUGCUAUUAUCACGAUUCUGCAGAUCUUUGCAGUUUUCGUUCAAGGUCAGGAGAAUACACAAGAUGUGGGCCCACCUGCUCCCACUGGCCCACCAGGUCCGUCUACUACCGAUGACAGUAGCUCACCAGAUUCGUCUAUUGAUGAAAGUAGUCCACAAGAAAUUGCCCCACCAGGUCCGAGUCCUACAGAUACUGGCCCACCUGGACCACAAGAUCAGGGUCCUCAAUCAGAUAAUGAACCACAAAGUCAAGGUCCUCAAUCAGAUGGCCCACCCGAACCACCCCGUUUGACAGAUAGCCCAUCGGAUCCAUCUCCCACAACAGAUAAUGGCCCACCUGGGCCACAAGGUCAGGGUCCUCAAUCAGAUAAUGGUCCACCGGGCCAGGGUCCUCAAUCAGAUAGCCCACUAGGUCCGUCUCCUACAGCCCCACCUGGACGACAAGGUCAGGAUAAUGGUCCACCUGGACAAGGUCCGACUACUACAAGUCCACCCAGAUCACGGCGUCCUCGUCGUACUCGUAGACCGUCUCCUACUCAAGAUAAUGGACCACCGGCUGCUACGGAAGAUAGUGGCCCACCUGGUCCGGCUGCUACAGCAGACAGUGGUCCACAAGGUCCACCGGGUCCAAGUCGUCGUGAUGCCAAAAAUUAA